UGUUCACGUAUACAUUGGACUCACUCGGUCAGAUUUUAGUUAAAAUGCUUGUGAGGUAUUCAAUUCUUCUUGUAUUCGUGCUUGGCACGGUUUACGCUCAAACAAACAACUGCGAAACUGAAUAUAAACCGGCAGACUAUAAAUGUAAACGUCGAGUUCCAACCGAUUGCAAAGUUGAACAGCUGGACUGUCCAACUUCCUGGAAGUCGGGAAUUCCUGAAGGCAGCGAAACGUCUGCGCCAAUGAUUUACCAAAAGUUUCUGAAUUGUCAUGAAGGUUUUACUUUGUGUGGAUACGUCCCGAUCCAUCGAAGAUCUGGUGAAGUCCUUGGCCAAAGUGGUGUUACGAUUGGCGCUGGUGUUGAUCUUGGAAGCAAGUCAAGGGCGUCUUUCGCGUCAUUGUCAAGCACAUUGGUUGACAAACUUGAACCUUACUUUGGUUUGAAACGAAAUCUCGCUGCCUGUGCUGUGAUUGAACGCCCCUUGAGACUAACGCUAGAGGAAGCAAACAUUUUGACAGAUGCUGUUAAAAACGAUGUGGUUACUGAAGUUUCAAACAGAUACAACAGAAAUAAAGACGAGAAUGCGCUACCAUUUGCAUCACUUCCUCGCGGUAUUCGCACAGCCAUCGUCAGCGUUUGGUGUCAGUUUGGUAGCCCUUCGGCUUAUCCAAAGUUCUGGGGAUUUGUGACGAAAAAUGAGUGGAACAAUGCAAUAAAAGAAUUGAGAAAUUUCUACAAGAAUCCGAACAAGCAGGCCAAAGGAGAUUUGAAAAGACGAAACGACGAAGCAGACAUAAUUGAAGCUGCUCUUGAGUGAUGCUUUUUGGAAUAUAUGACAUUUAAAUAUUCUCUCGUUUCUUUGUUAAGAUAAAAACAGGCGAGGACCUUUCUUUACUUUCAUAUUUCUCAGUUGUAAACAUUGUAUAACCAAUGAUCCUUGCACGUAUGUUAAUUUCAAGCACUUUCUUAAGGCUUGUUUAAAUCCAUAUAAAUGUUACUUGUGAAAUAACUCAACGAAUAAAAAG